AUGAACAAAGGAGACAACGCGUGGCAACUCACGGCAGCAACUCUUGUGGGUCUCCAAAGUGUGCCGGGCCUUGUGAUCCUUUAUGGCAGUAUCGUGAAAAAGAAGUGGGCUGUUAACUCCGCAUUUAUGGCCUUAUACGCCUUCGCGGCUGUGCUCGUGUGCUGGGUGGGCUGGGGCUACCACAUGUCAUUCGGAAAGAAAAUGCUUCCUUUCCUUGGCAGGCCCGAUAUUUCCUUGGACCAAAAGUUUCUUUUGGACAGAGCCUAUGUUGGGUUCUUGCCUAGUGCGACCCUGGUCUAUUUCCAGUUUGUGUUUGCAGCGAUCACGUUGAUUCUGGUGGCUGGGGCGUUGCUUGGAAGGAUGAAUUUUCAUGCGUGGAUGCUGUUUGUACCACUUUGGCUUACCUUCUCUUACACUUUCACUGCUUAUAGUCUUUGGUAUCCAGAUGGUUGGUUAGCUAAGCGAGGGAUCAUUGAUUACGCUGGAGGAUAUGUCAUUCACCUUUCCUCUGGCGUUGCUGGUUUUACCGCAGCAUAUUGGGUGGGACCAAGGACAAACAAGGACAGGGAAAGGUUCCCACCAAACAACAUUCUACUGAUGCUGGCAGGGGCUGGGCUGCUUUGGAUGGGGUGGAGUGGUUUCAAUGGCGGUGGUCCUUUCGCUGCCAGUACAGAUGCAUCUCUGGCCAUUCUUAACACCCAUGUGUGCACUGCUACCAGCUUGUUGACCUGGCUCCUUCUUGACAUUGUUUUCUUUGGAAAGCCCUCUGUGAUUGGAGCCACACAGGGCAUGAUCACUGGUCUCGUUUGUAUCACCCCUGCUGCCGGAGUUGUGCAAGGUUGGGCUGCCAUCCUGAUGGGGAUAUUGUCCGGAAGCAUUCCAUGGUACAGCAUGAUGGUCCUGCACAAGAAAAUAUGGUUUCUCAAACAAGUUGAUGACACCAUGGCAGUUUUCCACACCCAUGCUGUUGCAGGGAGCUUAGGAGGCAUCCUCGCAGGCUUUUUUGCUAAUCCGAAGCUCAACCGCAUCUUUUACAUGGUAGAUGACUGGCAGCAUUACAUAGGACUUGCCUAUGGCCUACAAAAUGGCAGGACCGCUGCAGGACUCAAGCAAAUGGGCGUUCAGUUGCUAGGAAUUGUUUUUGUUGUUGUUCUUAACGUUUUGGUCACUAGUGCGAUAUGCUUGUUGAUUCGGUUGGUAGUUCCAUUAAGAUUGACUGAUGAGGAAUUGCAAACUGGUGAUGAUGCUAUUCACGGAGAAGAAGCCUAUGCAUUGUGGGGUGAUGGGGAAAAGUACGAGUCCAAGCACAACUCACUUCAUGGCGUUGAAGAGUUCCCUCAAGUUGUUUCAAAAGAGGUUGAGAUGGCUUGAUGAUUUGGUCGUGCUUAUUUGAAAAUGUUUCCUCUUUUUUCUUCAUAUCGUUGUGUGUUCUUACAUUUCUUUCUCCUUCGUUUGAUUUUUAAUCUGGGGUGACGUUGUAAAAUAAUAAACACGACCUGCAUGCACAAUGACAUGGGAUUUCUAGUGAUUGCUUGUGCUAAUUGCGUGGCAUUUCUGCAUUUAAUGUUGCUUUAAUUUGCAAGUUUAAUUGACAUAUUCUGUUUAAGUC